GCCUCAGUUAUUUUGAACCUAGAAAAUGAUGAAACUUUUGGUCUGUGUCCUGCUGCUAGGAUCCUGUGCGGCUGUUCCGCUCCUAGGCGAUGUGGAACCCUAUAUUACCAAUGGAGAACUGGCGGAGGUGGGUCAGUUUCCCUACCAGGCCGGCCUGAACGUCUCCUUCGGGAACUGGAGCACCUGGUGCGGCGGCACCUUGGUUUCGCACUACUGGAUAAUCACAGCCGCACACUGCAUGGAUGGGGCGGAGUCCGUAACGGUCUAUUUGGGGGCCAUAAAUAUUCACGAUGAGUCCGAGGAGGGUCAGCAGAGGAUCGAGGUGCAGAAGUCGGGCAUUAUAGUGCACUCGAACUUUAUAGCCAGCACGGUGGUCAACGACAUCUCGCUCAUUCGAUUGCCCACCUUUGUGCGCUUCACUGACCGCAUCCGGGCCGCCACUUUGCCGCGUCGCCUGAACGGCCAGUUUCCCACGUACGAGUCCGUCCGGGCCUUCGCCUCCGGCUGGGGACGGGAAAGCGAUGCCUCCGAGACGGUCUCCCCCGUGCUGAGAUACGUGGAGAUGCCCAUAAUGCCCCACGCUCUGUGCCGCAUGUACUGGAGUGGAGCUGUGUCGGAGAAGAUGAUCUGCAUGAGUACCACCAGCGGCAAGUCCACCUGCCACGGUGACUCUGGUGGUCCGCUGGUCUACAAGAAGGGCAACUCCAGCUACCUGAUCGGAUCCACCUCUUUUGGAACUUCCAUGGGUUGCCAAGUGGGCUUUCCGGCCGUGUUCACCCGCAUCAGCAGCUACUUGGACUGGAUCCUCAACCACAUCAUCGCCCAUCCUAAAGCAUAAGCUGUAGACUGAAUUGGUAUCCGUAAGAAACAGAGAUCCACACAGAUCGCAAUGAUUCAAAGAAACUUAAGAGUGGUAAACUGUAUUAUAACUAUAUUAAAGUGCUUUCGAUUCAAAAUGUCUCUCUCAGGAGAUUUUGUUAAUUAGGAUCAUAGUUGAGAAACUCAUUUAAGUUGAGCAAUCCAGAAAAUGAUCAACAGUUUAUGAUCCUUGAAAGUAUAAAUUCUUGAUUCUUACGGUCGUAUUAUACAUACGUAGCAUUUAUAAAUAAAUAAAAUUGAACCUAAGAUCAGUCUUAGAAUGAAUAUUGGAACAAGAUUCUUAAAUCUAAAGUUCGCCUCAGAGGUUGAACGAAAAGUUCCGCCGAAGUCCGCAAAUAAAACACGUAUCGUUUAAUUUUCCUGA